AUGAUGCUUCCUGAUUCACCACAAAAUAUUGUUGUUGUACGAGCACCAUCACCAUCUGUUCAUUAUAUACCGGGUAGUAUGAAUAAUGAUAAUAUUAUAAUUCAAACACAAAAUCAUCAACAAAUAAUACAACAACCAAUACAUUCAUUUAGUCAACCUGUUUCAGAAUCAUGGUGUUUAACAAGUGUUAAAGUGAUUAAAUUUUCAUUUAAUUGGACAAUAAAUAAUUUUUCAUUUUGUCGUGAAGAAAUGGGUGAAGCAUUAAAAUCAUCAUCAUUUUCAGCAAAUAUUAAUGAUAAAUUAAAAUGGUGUUUACGUUUAAAUCCAAAAGGUCUUGAUGAAGAAUCAAAAGAUUAUUUAUCACUUUAUCUAUUACUUGUUACUGCACCAAAUAGUAAAUGUGAAACACGUGCAAAAUUUAAAUUUUCAAUACUUAAUGCUAAAGGUGAUGAAACAAAAGCUAUGGAAUCUCAACGAGCUUAUCGAUUUGUUCAAGGAAAAGAUUGGGGAUUUAAAAAAUUUAUUCGUCGAGAUUUUCUUAUUGAUGAAGCAAAUGGUUUAUUACCAGAUGAUAAAUUAACAUUAUUUUGUGAAGUUAGUGUAGUUGCAGAUAGUAUUAAUAUUAGUGGACAAACACAAAUUAAUCCAUUCAAAAUUCCUGAAUGUCGUUUAAGCGAUGAUUUUCAAACAUUACUUGAUAAUCCUGUUUAUUCUGAUGUUACACUUGUUUGUGGUCAUAAAGAAUUUCCCGUACAUAAAGCAAUUCUUAGUGCUCGAUCAAAAGUAUUUCAAGCUAUGUUUGAACAUAAAAUGUUAGAAAAUGAACGUUCACGUGUAGAAAUAGAAGAUAUUGAUGGUGAUAUAAUGCUUGAAAUUCUUCGUUUUAUAUAUACGGGUAAAAUACAAAAUAUUGAUAAAUUAGCAGAUGCACUUUUACCAGCUGCUGAUAAAUAUUGUUUGGAAAGACUUAAAGUACAAUGUGAAGAAACAUUAUGUACAACAAUUGAUAAAGAUAAUGUUGCCGAUAUACUUAUACUUGCUGAUCUUCAUUCAGCAACACAACUUCGACAACAAUCUAUUGAUUUUAUUAAUACACAUCUACAAGAUGUUUUAGAAACUGUUGGCUUUCAAACAAUGAUUCGUACACAUCCGCAUCUAUUAGCUGAUGCAUAUCGAGCGAUGGCUUCAUUACAAAAUAAUAUUAUUUGUCCACCAAGAAAAAAACAAAGAACUGUAUAA